AUGGCUGCGAACACUCGGUAUCAGCCCGCCCCGCAGCGGGACUCCUUUGAGGACCAGCACUACACCCAAGCGCCACCGUCUUACCAGGCUACUGCUGAGCCUGCUGAACCGGCUGAGCCUCGUACCGAGAAUGAUAACCUCCCGGAUGACUUCAAGUUCGGCGGUACUGUGGCAGAGGGAACUAUCGAUAUCAGGAUGCAGUUUGUGCGCAAGGUCUACUCGAUUCUCACCGCUCAGAUCCUCCUUACUACCAUCCUCAGCUCCAUCUCUUUCUUCAACGCCUCCUACCGCACAUGGAUCCAAACUAACUUCUGGCUCAUGAUUAUCUCCAUUUUCGGUGCCCUCGGAUUCAUGCUAGCAACCUACUGGAAGCGCAAGUCUUAUCCUUCCAAUUUGCUUUUCCUCUCCGCCUUCACAGUCACGGAAGCGUACUCCAUCAGCGUAGUGACGUCUUUCUACGAUGCGCGGGUUGUUAUUCAAGCCCUCGUCCUGACUCUGGGCAUUUUCCUCGCCUUGACACUAUUCGCAUGCCAGACAAAGUAUGACUUUACACACUGGAUGCCGUAUCUGUUCGGCGCCUUGUGGUUCAUGAUCCUCUUCGGCUUCGUUGCAAUGUUCCUACCUUUCGGUAGCGCCACAGAAACCGUUUAUGGUGUACUUGGUGCCUUGAUCUUCUCGGGUUACAUCCUCGUUGAUACACAGCUGGUAAUGCGCCACUACCAUGUCGAAGAGGAGAUCGCGGCGUCGAUUUCGCUUUACUUGGAUGUGCUGAACUUGUUCAUGUCCAUUCUCCGUAUAUUGAAUGGACAGCACAAUAACUAA